GUCCACCACUUGCGCGUGCGCGUCCUACUACUGCUUGCACUGUACCUCGCCUCGGCCGCGGGCUCGGCGUCGGCGUGGCCGUCGUGGCCGUGGCGGCGCACCUUGAGCGGGCAGCACGACUACCGCGACGCGCUCUCCAAGUGCAUCCUCUUCUUCGAGGGCCAGCGGUCGGGCCGGCUGCCGGCGUCGCAGCGCGCCGCGUGGCGGGGCGACUCCGGCCUUACCGACGGCCAGGCGGCGGGCGUCGACCUCGAGGGCGGCUACUACGACGCCGGCGACAACGUCAAGUUCGGCUUCCCCAUGGCCUUCACCACCACCAUGCUGGCCUGGAGCGUGCUCGAGUUCGGCGACGACAUGCCCCGCGACGAGCGCCGCCACGCCGCCGACGCCGUGCGCUGGGGCACCGACUACCUCCUCAAGACCGUCGCCCACCCCGGCGUCGUCUUCAUGCAGGUGGGGGACCCGUGGAAGGACCACGAGUGCUGGGAGAGGCCGGAGGACAUGGACACGGAGCGCACGGUGUACAACGUCACCACGGGGAGGCCGGGGUCGGAGGUGGCCGGGGAGACGGCGGCGGCGCUGGCUGCGGCGUCCAUCGUGUUCCGCGCCGAGGGCGACCGGGAGUACGCCGAGCUGCUGCUGGCCAACGCCAAGAAGGCGUUCGAGUUCGCCGACACGUACAGGGGCGCCUACAGCGACGACCCGGACCUCAAAGCCGCAGGCUGCCCCUUCUACUGCGACUUCGACGGGUAUCAGGAUGAGCUGCUGUGGAGUGCGGCAUGGCUACGGAGGGCCUCUGGCGACGACAAAUUCCAGGAAUACAUCCAGGUUAACGGCAAAACCCUCGGAGCAGAGGACAACAUCAACGAGUUUGGUUGGGACAACAAACAUGCUGGUCUCAACGUUCUUGUUUCCAAGGAGUUCAUAGACGGCGUGGCCCUGUCUAUGCAGUCCUACAAAGAGUCUGCAGAUAGCUUCAUCUGCACGCUCAUCCCAGAGUCGUCAUCGCCGCACAUCCAGUACACGCCUGGGGGCAUGAUCUACAAGCCUGGAGGCAGCAAUAUGCAGCAUGUCACCUCCAUUUCAUUCCUCCUCCUAACCUAUGCCAAGUACCUUUCCAAGUCCUCUCACACUGUUAACUGUGGGGAUAUUUCAGUUGGUCCGGACACUCUUCGACUGCAAGCCAAAAAGCAGGUUGAUUAUCUAUUAGGAGACAAUCCGAUGAAAAUGUCGUACAUGGUCGGGUAUGGCGACCUAUAUCCUCAACGGAUCCACCAUCGAGGAUCAUCCGUGCCGUCCAUCAAGAGCCACCCUGAGCGCAUGGCGUGCAAAGACGGCACGCCUUACUUCGAUUCAUCUAACCCAAACCCUAACCCGCUGGUCGGGGCAGUGGUCGGAGGGCCGGGGGAGGAUGAUGCUUAUGGGGACGAGCGUGCUGAUUUCAGGAAAUCUGAACCAACCACCUACAUCAACGCUCCUUUGGUAGGGGUUCUUGCCUACUUUGUUGGCAACCCAAAUACAGGACAUAUCAGACAUUGA